CAAUUGUUCUAAGUAAAUAGUGAAUUACACUUCAAAACAAAUCUUUAAAUUUCUUCGCGUGUCAAGGAAUUAUUUGCCCUCAAAUAAUGUUAAUUUGCUUCCCCGGAUCACCCCGAUAUGGCAGUAUCUUUGUCGGGCUUCUCACAAUCGCGCAAUUCGUUUUUAUCAUGUGGGCAAUUUCGACAAACACGGACAUUCCUGAGUCACAGGCUGGAUUUAAAGUAAUGGUUGUGAUUUUCUCGGUAAUUUGCAUCGUUGCUAGUUUGAUGCUGAUAUGGGGAGCGAUAAAACUAAACAAGAAACUUUUGAUCCCCUACAUGUGUAUCAUGGGUGCCUUUAUCCUAAUUUACGCCGUUGUCUUUAUUGUAAUGUUGCAUGGAGAGCACGGACAGAAGGAUUGGGUUCAUUUGUGUCUCAUGGCAAUCAAUAUUUGCUUCUUAAUUGGCGUCGGAGCACUUUAUCGCGAGAUUUUACUCAUCGAAAGACCGGAUUUUAUUAACAUUACUAUUUCACCAGCACCCGUGCCAAGAUAUUGAAUUAAAAUUUUUGCAAGAAUCUCUCGUUGAAAAGAUUUUUUUGAAAAGGAAGGCAAGUGCAGUUUUUUGAAAGAAAAUAUUUCAGACUUCAUCAUUUUGAAUUUUUUCAAAAAUCUAGAUUUUCAUCAAUUUUUUGUCAAAAAUUUUUAAAUUAAUUAAAAAUUGAAAUAAUUUCUUUAUAAUUUUUUCAAACAAAAAAUUGCAAAAUUUUUAAAAAUUUUUACACAAUUUUUUUAAUUUUUGCAACAUUUAUGUCUAAAAUA